ACGUCGAAAUUAAGUGAGUUGAAAACUUAAAAUCGGAUUGGAAAAAUGGGAGGGCAGCUUCACAUAAUGUUUCUUCCACUGAUGGCUCACGGGCACAUGAUUCCAGCACUAGACAUGGCCAAACUCUUCACUUCCCGCGGCCUCAAAACCACCAUCAUCUCCACCCCUUCCUUCUCCUCACCUGUACUAAACGCUCAAGCCGCUGGCCUUGACAUCGGCCUUGUCUCCAUCCACUUCCCCCCGCAGGAUUCCGAUUUGCCGGACCACAUCACCAGCCUCGACCAAGUCCUCUCCGACGACGCCCUCAUUCCUAAGUUUUUCAAAGCCCUGUCCUUGAUCCGACACCCAGUCGAGGACCUGCUCCGACAACUCAACCCCAACUGCCUCAUCUCCGACAUGUUCUUGCCGUGGACGGCGGAUUCCGCCGCCAAGUUCGGCAUCCCACGCUUAGUUUUCCACGGAACCUGCUACUUCUCUCUCUGCGCCGCCGAGGAGCUGCGGAGGCACAAGCCUUUCCGCGGCACCCACCACUUCGUCCUCCCCAAUCUUCCCCAUCGCGUGGAGAUGGCGACGACGGAGGUCGCCGAUUUCGAUCUGAACGAGGAUGCCGACGGCUUCUCCAGAUGGAUGAAGGAAAUGAGGGAGGCUGAUGGGAGGAGCUACGGCGUUGUGGUGAAUAGCUUCUACGAGCUGGAGCCCGACUACGCUGACCAUUACAGGAAUGCUUUGGGGAGAAGGGCUUGGAACGUAGGCCCUCUUUUGCUCUACAACAACAAUGCUGAUGGAGGAGGGGAGAGAGGAAAGAAGCCUAGUGUUGACGUGGCCGCAUGCGUGGCGUGGCUCGAUUCGAAGAAGGUGAAUUCUGUGGUGUAUGUGUGUUUUGGGAGCAUGGCCAAGUUCAGUCCGGCUCAGCUGAAGGAGAUAGAAAACGGCCUCGACGCCGCCGGCCAUGAUUUCGUGUGGGUUGUGAGGGAAGGCGGGGAGGAGGAGGAGUGGCUGCCGGAGAGGGUGACAGGGAUGAGAGGCCUAAUCAUAAGGGGAUGGGCGCCGCAAGUGGUGAUUCUUGAUCACCCGGCGGUGGGGGGUUUCGUGACGCACUGCGGAUGGAAUUCGACUCUAGAAGGGGUGUGCAGCGGCGUGCCUAUGGCAACGUGGCCGCUCUUUGCGGAGCAGUUUUACAAUGAGAAGCUGGUGACGGAGGUUUUGAGGAUUGGAGUUUCUGUUGGGAAUAAGAAGUGGCGGCGGGCGGGGCACCAAGGAGUGGGCAGGGAGGCGGUGGAGAAGGCGGUACGGGCGGUUAUGGAGGGGGAGUCGGCAGCAGAGAUGAGGAGGAGAGCGGCGGAGUAUAGAGAAAUGGCGAGGAAGGCUGUUGGAGAAGGGGGAUCUUCGUAUAAUGAUCUAACUGCUUUGAUCCAAGAGUUGACUGCCUAUGGCUUGUAGAUUCAGACUUAAUUUUCAUGUGUUUUUUUAGCCUACGCCUGAUGUUUGUUUGUGUGCGCAUCUACUAUGUAUACCAGAAUUACUAAGGGCCAAAUGUGAUUUUAAACAUAUGACGUUUUUA